AUGGAUGACGGAGGACAAGCCCGAGUGAAUGGUAAAAAUGGUUGGUACAUACCAAAUCCAAAUGGAUCCUUCGAGUGGUUUGACAACCAAGCCCUGGAGAAACGCCUAGUAGACCAAAACAAAUUUGGUAAACUGGAGAAAGUUAAAAAUCCUACAAAGUUUUUUCUCUAUAGCAAGGUCAAUCCCAGUGAGGGGACUCAAAUAACAACAAAUCGAAAAUCAGUGGAGAGAUCCUAUUUUGAUGCAAAUAAACCCACAUAUUUUCUCAUCCAUGGCUGGCUCAAUAGCUAUAAAACAAUAUUUAUUGAGAAGAUUCGCAACGCCAUGUUAAGGUACGAAGAUUGCAACGUAAUAGUUGUAGAUUGGCCCCGAGCCCGUAUUGGCUUUUUUUCUGCAUUUUUUGCUGUACCCGGAGUAGGAAAGCAGGUUGCCACUAUGAUCGAUUUCUUGCAUGAGCAGUUUGGCAUGUCCUUCGAAACAUUGACUGUUGUUGGUCAUAGUUAUGGCGGCCAAGUUUGUGGGUUUACUGGCAAAAACGUGAAAACUGGCAAAAUACACAAAAUUAUUGGUUUGGACCCCGCCGGUAUAGUAUUCUUCUACGACAAACCAGAGGCCCGUUUAGCCAUCACAGAUGCUGUCUAUGUGCAGGUAAUUCAUACCGAUGCGGGUAAACUUGGUUUUAAAGAACCCAUUGGAAACAGUGAUUUCUAUGUGAAUGGAGGUAAUUCCCAACCAUUGUGUGGACCUGAAGUAAUCGGAAUUUGCUCCCAUUUGCUUUCCUGCUACUACUAUGCUGAAGUGCUUGAACUGAACGAUUUUGGAAGUAUUAGGUGCGACGACUUUGAACAUGCGAAAAUGAAGAACUGUGGUUCUAUCUUUUCGGGAGUUCGCAUGGGUGCUCGCGAUGUCCAGGAAGAAGUUGAAGGUAUAUUCUUUGUACCUGUUCGUUUCAAAUAUCCAUUUGGUGUGCUAAACUCAACCGAUACUACGAAUGCGUUCACUACUUGGAGUGGCAAUUGA